AUGGCACGUCGAUUUACUAAAUUUUCGAUAGCCAGUAUAGUAUUUGUGCUAUGGGUAGCACUAACGGUACUAUAUGUAUCGACGUAUGACAAAGAAUUUCUUCAAAUCAUCAAGGUGAAAUCAUCUUCCUUGUUUAAACCUAGCACUGCGGCUGCAAAGGAAACGAUCAAUUAUGAUGGGAUUCAAUUAGGUAUUGACGAACCUAUUGUGAUUUUUCCCGGGGACUUCAACUUCGAUGAUGUGAAGACACUUUAUGGUGAAAUUUUCGAUGACAAGUCAACAGCCAAAAUUUUGAAGUAUUCAAAGCAAAAUAACCCAAAUGCCGAGGAGGGGCAAUUCCAUAAACUAGGAUUAAAGACUUUCAACAGUUUUUCAACUAAUACUGAGUGUAAUGAACUAGAAAACGAUAUAGACAUAGAGGUUGACAGAGCAAUUACUUUUGAUAGAAAUUUGGAGGAUAUCCUAAGGAGGUUCAUAUCGUCAAAUUCUGAUUAUUUCAAAGAAGUAUACCCUUAUUUUGAAAAAUCGAUACCAAAUCAUUUCGCUAGAAACACUAUAGACAGACAUUUUUUCAAAUUAGCGGGUUCCUCCGUUUGGUUGGAACAAUAUGGAGUUCAUUUCAUGAUUUCUAGAAUAAUUUAUACUCCUAAUUCGGCAAGGAACAACCCAACGGUAAGCUUGACGUAUGCACAAAUAUUCAAUGAGCAAUGGCAAGAAAUGAAAAACGUCACGUUGAUAGUUCCCACGAAAAGUGAAGUUGAGAAUCCAAACACUGUAAAGUACAAGGAUGGUUAUUUUACAAAGGUAUCAUAUCCUGACUUUCUACCCAUUCCUACACUUCAUAAACCUUCUCGAGUUAAAGGGAAAAAUUAUGGUGCCGAGGAUCCAAGAAUUUUGUUGAUCAAAGACGAACAGGGACUCGAACAACCUUUGAUUGUGUUCAACUCAUUGCACAGAAAACUUGAUUCCAAGGCUACAGACGAUGAGGGUAGCGAGCAUGUGAAAGUGGAGUAUUAUCGAUCAAUGUUUGUCAGUUGGCCAUGGAAAUUCCAAAGAGGAAAAGGGAGUGUUGAUCCAUUCCCCAAUGAAUUGACGGACAAGAUGAUUUACAACAAAAUGGCCGAGUUACGAAGAAAUGGAUUGGAACGCCAAAAGAAGCAAAAAAAUUGGGCUCCUUUCGUUGAUCUCAAGGAAAGAGAAACCUUCACUUACGACAAAUUUAUUUAUUUUAUUUAUAGAUGGAGCAAUCUAGAAGUGUUGAGAUGUGAGUUGGCCAGCAUUGAAGGGGACGAAUCUAAAUGUGAAUUUGUUUACAAAAUGACUGAAAAUUUGGAUAUCAAUGAAGAGGUGGGACCAUUGAGGGGAGGUACUGAAUUGAUAGACAUCGGUAAGUUUACUGAUCUCCCAAAAGAAAUCAAAUCAAAUAAACAAAUUUGGAUGGGGUUUGCUAGAGCUCAUAUUAAAAACUGUGGGUGUAACAGCGAUAUGUAUAGACCUAACUUGGUGGCUGUGUCAAAAGAAGGGGGAAAUUUCAAUGUUGAUUUGAUAUCAUCAUUCACUUCUUUGGACAUAACGCCCAUAAGUUGGAACCUAGAUGCACCCCAAGAACUUUGUGGAGGAAAUAGCGUCAUUAUACCCAACGGAGUUAGUUUUUGGAAGAUUACACAGACUCACGAAACAGAUUCUUUGGAAGAUGAGUUAUCCAUUACUUUCUCAUUAUCAGAUGCAACCAUCAAUUUGGUUCGUAUCAGAGGUAUCCUCUCUUCAAUUUUGAACCUUUCCAAAUCUUCCAAACCCCAAAACAAGCAUAUUGAAUGUGCUCUUCAAGAAUCAGUAAACUUCUGCUCCGAUUUUUCCAAAGAAGUGUCUCAAAAUGCGUAG